UUGAUCAAGGAGGAAAUUAAAGAUAUAUUGCAGAGAAAUGGUUGCAAUUUGGCAGAAUCUGCACUGGAUGAGGUUGUAAGUGGAGCUAUGGACUCUAAUGUUAUAUUUACUAGUACUUCUAAUGGUGCAGAGUUAUCCACAUCGAAGUGCAGAAAAGUCUUUUUUGAGCACAGUUAGCCAUGUGUAAUGCCAGUUGAGUAUCAGCUGGAGCAACUUGGACAUUCCAUAAUGUAUGUUCCUAUCCUUCGAAUGAUUCAAGAGUUGUUUAAGAACACAGACAUUUUAAAAAUAAUUACUGAUCCAAAUACCAAUUCUGGUCAAUAUGCAUCAUGCUGCAAUGGCUCUUAUUUCCUUGAAAAUGAAUUAUUUUCAACCGGUGAUCUCAUUUUACCACUCCAGCUAUAUAUUGAUGAUCUUGAAAUUGCCAACCGACUUGGCACAUCACGUAAAAUUCACAAACUUUGUGCUGUUUACUGGGCAUUUGCCAAUAUGCCACCAAAACACAGAUCAACUUUACACAAUAUACAGCUAGCAUUGCUUGCAAAAGUGACAGACAUCCAUAAGCAUGGGUAUGCAGCUGUACUUGCUCCAUUAUUACGUGAUGUUCAUAUUCUUGAACAGGAUGGUGUCUUUAUUGAAAGAGCUGAUCGCAAUGUCAAAGGUACCAUCUUUUGUGUUUUUGCUGACAAUCUAGCCGCCCAUGGAUUAAGUGGCUUUGUGGAGUCAUUUAAAGAAGGCUAUGUUUGCAGAUUCUGCUUGGCCACAAGAGAACAGUUUAAAGCAACUUGAAGCCAGGCAGUUUUCUCAAAGAACCAAAGACAGCCAUGACCUUCAUGUACAAAACCUUCUGGAAAGUGACACUAGGUCCAACCACUUUGGUGUUAAAGCUAGUUGUGUCUUGCGUGACUCCCUGGAUUACUUUCAUCCAAUCACAGGCUUUCCUCCAGAUGUACUUCAUGAUCUUCUGGAAGGAAUAGUUCCUGUGGAGCUUUCUCUCUGCAUUAAGACUAUGAUCCAGAUGAAGUACUUCACUUUAGAGUAUUUGAACCAAAAGAUUGCAUCAUUCCCAUAUCAGCACACUGAUAAAGUGGAUAGACCUCAUCCAAUUCCCAAAACAUUUUUGUCUCGACGAACGAUAGGAGGGAAUGGACAUGAAAAUGCAACUCUGCUCCGACUGCUUCCAUUACUUGUAGGCAGUGUAGUACCAGAAGGUGAUGGUGCAUGGACAGUUUUGAUGGAACUGAAAGAGGUAGUGCAGUUAGCAUUAUGCCCAUCAUUUACUGAUGAAACCUUAGACUAUUUUCAGUCCAAAAUCAGUGAUCAUAAGCAAGUACUGCUGAAAACGUUCCCAGAGUUUAACCUUCGUCCUAAACAUCACUACGUGGAGCAUUACCCCACCAUGAUCAAGUGCUUUGGGCCCCUGGUGCAUGUUUGGACAAUGCGAUUUGAGGCCAAACACCGUUUUUUUAAACGAGUGGUGCAUGACGCUCAAAACUUCAAAAAUAUUUUGAAGACAAUGGCAGUCAGACACCAACACAUGAUGGCAUACCAUUUUGCUGCCCCAUCAUUUUUCAACCCUGAAACACAAGCGUCCAGUGUUGACUCUGUUCUGGUUUCAGCUCUACCAGAAGUAGCUCAGCUACACAUCAGAAUACUAACAACUAGUGACACAGUCUACCAGACAUCAAAGGUUACCAUCAAUGGCACAGACUAUGUCUGUGGAAUGUUUUUGUCUGUCGGAGAGAGUGGUGGACUACCUAGGUUUUGCAGAGUAGAACACAUCUACCUUGUCAAUAGCACCAUUUCAUUCCUUUGUUCUGAUUGUGAGUCCUGGUUUUUAGAACAUCUUGGAUCCUAUGAGCUGUCACCUUCACAGACAAGUCUGUCAAUCCACCUAACAUCUGACUUAAACGAUUCAGUCCCUCUCUCUGCAUACGAGGUAGAAGGCUCGCUUCUGUUGACACCCAAGAGAAUCAUACAAAUAAAACAAGCCAGUGCAUAAUGGCAGCUGUAUCUCCAUAAUCCAUGAGACUUCGUGUUGUUGAGCCAGACCGGGCUAGAAAAUUAAAACUCAGUUCACGACCAGCCUCUGUUGAUGCACUGAUUGCUGUUAUAAAAGAACAGCUGGAAAUAUACCUUGACUUCAGUUUAAAAUAUGAAGACCCCGACUUUGAUGGAAAACUUAUUUCCCUCUCUGACAUUGAUGAGUUGCCACAGAAAGCUGUUGUGCAUGUGUCAUUUGAGCAAGAUUCCAGCUCUGUUGCAUCAACAGAAACAAUUUCAAGUGUAUCAUCCUCAGAACGUGGGAAAAGAUGGCCUUCACAUAUUUUUCCAAUUCCCACAUUUUCUUUUGACGUUGAACUGAAACUUUGGGAAGGUAAUGCCGAAUUUGAGAAGAACAACAAGCACCUUCAGUUAACAAGAGACAUCAAACAUGACAUUUUAGAAAAGCUAGCAUCUGUGAUGUAUGGCUACAAGGCUUAUCCCAGUGAUAAGGAGAUAGCAAUGGUAGCUGAGGCUCUUGUGGUAAAACAUCCUUGCUUGAAAGAAGCAGGAUCUCAGACUGGCUGGAAUGGGUGAAAAAAUAGCCUCAAAUUUAAGAUGGGGAACUAUAGAAGCAAGAUGAGAAGGGCUGGAUGUCCAGAGAUCACUGUAAAUGCUGGAAA